AUGAACCCGCAGAACGCAGGCAGGUUGCUCGUCGGCUGCACGGUUGGAGUGUCCGCAUACUGUCUCUGUUGGCUGUGCCUUCCGCCCUUUUAUAGAGACACACGGGCGAUCCAGCUCUUGUUUCCCUCGCCGCUCUAUCUGAUAUACCUUGGAGCGUUCGGCGUCCUCUUUCUCGUUGUGGGCUCGCUUUGCAUCGGCAGCGUUUUGAUGCUGCGCUACGACGACCCGCGGCUGGGCAAGAGGGAGGAAGAUCUGUCUCCCGGAGUUCCUCUCUCUUCUUCCUCGCAACUCGCGGGACGGCGAAUCGAAUCUGCUCUGUUCGAGGUCAGCGCAAAGACUGAGGCUCUCGACAACAUGGCGGGGGAAACCAGUGAGUCGCGGUACGGCGUGCUGUCUGAGACGGGCUUCGCUGAGAAGCUCGAGGAAAAGGGAGCGGGUCUGCGAGGGCGCCAGGCCAAAGUCUCGACUUCUGGGAACACCUGCAGACAUGGAGAGGACAAAGUUUCAUCCCGUGUGUCUGGUAGUGCGCCGCGGGCCGCGAGCAACUCUCCGACGACGAAAGCGCGCAUGUGUUCGCUUUCGUCGGAUGGGUCUGUCGCCGAGGGCGUCAUGACCGUUCGGCCUUUCCUGCGCGGAAAAAUCCACCUGGCGCUGUUUCUCCUCUCGCCGCUCUGGAUCUUAUUCAUCCUGAGCGCAUGCAGCAGUCCGAGCUCCUUCGUCGCAGCCGCCAUCUCCUGCUUCACGUUCGUCUGGAACUUCCUUGCCAGCGCCCUCCUCCACUGCUUCGAGUGGACGAACCGGCCGGGGCUCUAUCAGCUGCUGCAUAAGCUCGAUCACGCGGGGAUAUUUAUGGUCAUCAGCGGCAGCACGACCCCCAUUCCGAUGCUCCUUCUCGACGCCAGCUCUUCUUGUUGGCUGCUGCUCGUCCAGCUGGCAGCGACCAUCUACGGUUUCUGUUCGAUCAUAUUCGGCGAGUUGACAUCGACAGGGCGCACCCGAAGAGCUUACACGUAUAUCUUUGUGGGGCUAUUGCACGCGUUAUUCCUCUCAGAGUACUACCGCGUUUUGAAGUCGAGCGAACUGGUCGCCGUUUUUGCUCUGGCAUCGCUGUAUGUUGUGGGAGCGCUUGUAUACAGCUGCAAGCGGCCAGACCCCUUCCCAGCGAUUUACGGCUUCCACGAGGUCUUCCAUUCCUUUUGUUUCCUUAGUUUUCUUCUCACGUUGUGGCUGGACUACGUCGUCAUUCGAAGGGUCGAGUGGGGCGCCGCGCGGAGUGCAGGGACCGAGCUAGAUGGAGCUGCCGCGGAUGCGGAAGCGGCUGGGGUAGCAGCUGGUCCAGGGUAA